UGUGCGCACGCGCAGAUGAGUGUUGGCAGGACGAACUGGAGCAGUGUGACUUUUAAUACCCCAGCUGUAGCACGAGGUUAAGAGCACUAAUACGUGGUUAUAUCCGGCUAAUUGUUGAUACAGAGUGUAGCUUAUGGCUCUCAGAAGGUGUUUGAGGUUUUCAGUUGUUGUCCCGCGGCUGUUAUUGAGUCGCAGCGUCCCGUCCGGGACUUUGUGCAGCCCUGUCAACACCCAUCCUGGCUGCAGAAGUACACACUUGCUGCUCCGCGCGUGCAGUUCAUCGUCUCCAAGGACAGAUGUGAGUUAUGAGCAGCUGAAGCAGCUCCUUGCCACUCGGAAGGCCGUAGUCAUAGAUGUCAGAGAGCCCUGGGAGCUCAGAGAGUACGGCUUCAUACCCGGUUCCAUUAAUGUUCCCUUGGGACAGGUGGACACAGCCUUACAACUCUGUCCAGAUGAGUUCAAGGAAAAGUAUGGUGGAGAGAUGCCCCUGCAGACAGAUAACAUUGUGUUCACCUGUCUGGCUGGGGUCAGGAGCAAGAAUGCACGGGACUUGGCCUUCUCGCUAGGAUACAGAGGUGUUCAGAGUUAUGCAGGUGGGUGGCAAGACUGGGCGAAGAAUGAAGAAAUGACUCAGGGAUAAUGGAACAACUAUUAUUUAAGCUUGUUCUCUAACUGGAACCUAAGAGUGAGUCAAAGUUAGUCUCGUAAAGAGUUUUUUUGGACAUUGUUGCACUUUCUGUUAUUUCUGUUGGAGGGACUGGUUUAAUUUGUUUUACAUCUGUAAAUCCCAAAGAUUAAAACCAGGGAGCUCUAUAGUCAUCAGCAAUCUGAUGCUAAAGUUUUCAAAACUCUUUAUAGUUUUCAGAUUUAGUUGUAUACUAGUAAACCCUGCAACUUCUUAAUAAAAAAUCAUGUAAAAUAUGUAUAUAAAAUUUAGUUUAAGUAUAUAAUAAUGAAUGUUCAAAUAGUGGAUUUAAUCACUUCCUGUGUACAGAAAGUGCUAAAGUUGUUGUUUCCAGACUAACUAUGCAAAUUUACAGUAAAUGCAAAUUAAGUGUCUUUUUAUUGCAUAAUAUCAAUUGUCUCUAAAUUGAUAAAAAUGUUUGUAUUGAUAUAUUAAAAUAUUAAAGAGU